AUGGCGGAGGGCGAAGACGAGAUCCCUGACGCCCCAGUCGAGGAGGAGGAAGGCCGAGGCCAAGGCGCAGCACCGCCAGAGCAAGAAGCCGAGGUCGGAGAAGGUGUAGCAGAAGCGGAUGCAGCUCCCGUUGCUGCUGAAGAGGCUGCGCAGGAGGCUGCACCGGCGGCGCCGACAGUCGAGGGCCCUGGCGAGGCAGCAAUCGACCUCGUCAUUCUGCCAGAGGGCUAUGGUCAGACAAAGCAGAUUAACAUCGACAGACCCGUGGGAAAGAUUCGUGGUGACUUGGAGGCAGAGUUGAGCAUUCCGGACAAGUCCCUGUAUCUUAUGAAUCUGUCUGGCGCUGUUGAGUUCAAGCAAGUGCUGCCCGAUGAGAAAACCCUCCGUGAUCUGGGUCUCAAGCCUGGAGAUCGGGCCGGAAUCGAGCUCCGCAUCAACUACUACCAAGAGCAACCCGCCGAGGAGUACGUGAUGCCGGACAUGCUCGACCUUAAGGUCGUGAACGAACACGGCGAGGAGAGAAUGGUGACAGUUCACGUGCAAAGGCCCGUGAUGGAGAAGCCAUACUUGGGUGGUUUCCGGAACAAAGCGACUGACUCCAUGUACCAUCAUGCAGUCACCCAGACAGCCCCGGUGCAGAAGAAGGAUGUUCACACGCUCCGUUUUCACCGCGAGGCCCAGACCUAUGAGUACCGGACGCGAUCAACGCAGUGCAAGCGUGACAAUGGGACGCAGAUGGACAAGGUAGGACUGUACCUUGAUAGGCGCGGGGACAAGACGAUGGAGCCUCGAAGACCCUACUUCAGCAGCGCAGACAAAGCAGCUCUUUUGCUGGAGAAGUGCGUGAUGAUCCAGUGUCAUGCCAGAGGCAUGCUGGCGAGGAGGCGCACCAGGCAGCUGCGGCAGAUGCGCCAGGAGCGCCACGAGCUGGCAAGGAAGGAAGCAGAGAGAAGGCAGCUGGAGGCCGACUUGCGGCACAAGCGGGAGGUCGAACGCCGAAUGCACCCGCGAACCUUCGAGGACUUCAGCGUUCUCUACAAGGAACUGGAGGCAUGGCGCGUGAACGAAGCCGCACGAAUCCAGAACUCCGGUUUCGACGAGGCCACACGUCGAGCAGCACAGCAUGAGCUCCUGCGCAAGGAGACGAAGCUCCUGCAGACAAUUGACAAGCUGAAGAUCCAGGCGCACACCUCGAAUCGAGAUGCAAAGAUCAAGAGCAAGCUGGAGUCGAUGUCACAGCCGAAAGUAUGGGCGCAGGGUGAUGGCGAAACCACAACUGUCCACACCCCCUUCACCACCAGAGCCAAGGAGCUCAUGGACCUCUACAGCGGCCUCAGACUUCCUUUGCUGACUGUCGAUGAGCGCCUGGACGUCCUGCUGCACGUGAAGUGGACCGUUAAGGAGUUCGACUGCAACCUGACCCGUGAGAUGGUCGACUUGAUCGAUAGGGAGGCUGACAUGCUGAACAGGGGGAGGCCAGAGAAAUCCUUCGUAGGUCUUCGCAAACGCCUGGCGAAUCUCUUCCUCCAGUUUAUCGAGACGCCGGAGUUUAACCCAGAAGCCAUGAAGUUCCAGAAGGUCUCCCGCGAGUUCUAUGACCAGACUGGCACGCAUCCACUGAGCACCGUACCGAUAAAGGCCUUAGGAAGCUGA